AUGCAUUAUUUAUUGUGGUUGUUCUCGAUAUAUAUAUAUAUAUAUAUAUAUUUUUUUGCGUGUCGUCGUUUGUGUGUUUUUUUUUUAUUUUGUUCUUUCGAGUGCGAUACAUGA